AUAUUAAGUGCUAAUUCAAACUAUACGUGUGUUGUGCUGAAGCUGUUCAUUUGUUUGUGCGUUUUGAGGCUAUUUACGUUACAGUCACAUAAAUUUUACACUAUACAGCUGCGUAAUAUAUUUCAAGCCAUGAGGGACGAGCGAGCAAGCCCUUCGCGCGUUCGCAUCGCUGUCAUAGGAAGCUCGAGAGUUGGCAAAUCAGCUCUCAUCGUUAGGUAUCUUACUCGAAGAUAUAUUGGGGAAUAUCACUCAAACACAGAUCUACUCUAUAGACAAACUGUACCCAUAAAUGGCACACCGAUUGAGUUAGAAGUUAUCGAUGUUUCCGGAUCCAACCCUGACAAGAUUCCCACUGAACAGAUUCAAUGGGCCGAUGCAUGUCUGCUGGUAUAUUCAGUCACAGAUAGAAGUAGCUUUGAAUAUGCUACUGAAGUACUAAAUUUGUUGAAGAAACCUACACACCACGGCAGCCCUGCACAUGGGCCUGGCACCACAGCAUCUGGCAUGCCUCUUGCUCUUCUAGGAAACAAAACGGAUUUGGAUCAUCUAAGACAGGUGCCAACAAAAGAAGGGCAAGCUGUGAGCGCUGCAGCUGGAGCAUCCUUCAGCGAAGCGAGUGUGGCUGACAACUCCGGCGACCUCUACCGAUGUAUGGAUAGACUAUUGUCUGAAGUCCGCACUCCACAACGCACUCGAAAAUUCUCCGUCACAAAGAUGCUUGGCUCAUUAAUAGGCGGCGCAACGAAUAACAAUCAAGCUACACGUGGGUCGGUGGUUGCGUGCCCCCGCGUGCCCACGCCGUCGCGGCCGCCGCUCGCCGCCGCCGCGCCCUGACCUACACCGCAGCCAGCGCGAUUGAGCUGAGUACCCUCCGGCAGCUUGCCUGCCACAAGCCAGCCCAAUGAUCCACUGAAAUAAACACCUGACAGCUACAUCUGGUACCUGAGUUUGCAUUCACGACGGUUAUCAUCAAGGACGAACAUGAAUUGAUAUUUCUUAGAAAUGUGUUAAGAUAAUUGAGUAAACAAACAUUUUCUUUUUAAGACAUUUUGCAAAUAAUUAAAAGAAAUUUGCAAAACCCGUGAUUCAAGUACCAGAUUGUCUAUAGAAUAAAUAUAAAAUUCCCAGACUUUACAGGCGUAAAAGCCUUGCCGCCUAGCUAUAAUUUAGAUGAUAAGCGACUUAUAGUGAGUAUCAAGUGUUGGUGCAUUUUUUAAGCUUUAAUGCUGCUUGAAAUACUGCACAUUGUGCUUUUAAUUGUUGUAAAUAUCGUUUGAAUGUAUAGAGUUUGACAAUAAUUUUAAUAGUUUGAGUCAUCACGAAUAAAGUUACCUGAAUCAAAUUAUGUAUCUAUAUGUGCCAAAGAUUAUAAAAUAUCACCAGUGAUUAAUUUCUCACAUUACGCGUAAUACUACUUUAUCUCUAAAAUUUAUAUCUUGAUGUUGAUAAUGCUUAGUCCUACUUUUUAAUCUUCAUAUAAUUAUAAUAGUUCAAUUGAUAGCCGCUUGGUGUUUACAACGCAUUAAGGAUACACCCAUACUUAGAAUGUAUAACAAAUUAAUGACCAAUCUUUGUAUGUAUUUGUAUUUUAUGUGUUACAGAUACAGAUAUAAGAAUAAUAUUAUAAACAAUUACAGAUACAGAUAUAAAUUGCAUAGUUAGUUAAAUUUAGAUAGUAUAUUUGUAAUUGAAGAUGAUCUAACAAUGGCCUACACAAUAUAUAAAUAUAAACAUCGCAUUCUAAUAUCAGUUGUUCUGCUGCGAUAAAAGUUAAUAGGUUCAUAUUUUUUAAAUCUUUAAGUCAUAUUUAGAUUAUAUUAGGUACUCUUUAACAAAUUGAACUUAACGUUAUUAAAAUAAUAUCAUAAAACUAUUUAACAAUUAUAAAUGUUGAUUUUUCUGAUACUUUAUUUUACUUUCUCUGAUCAAUCAAUCGUUUAGUUGGAAAUUUAAUAAAUAUUUAUAAAAAUACGUUGUAUCCGAUUAAAAACUUAUUGGCUAGGUCAUUGUACACAUAAAUAUAUCAAA